AUGUGGGCGCUAUUCUCGCUCCUCCUCCUCGUCUGGACCCGGGCGGCUCUCGCUGCGGUCGACUUUACCGCCUCAGGCUAUGCCUCCUUGACGCACUACGAUUUGCCGCUCGACUACGUAGCUUCCUGCGGCUGCGUUGGACGCUCCACCUUCUAUCCCACAGCUGCUCUCAAUCGCUAUGCUUACGGCUCCAACACCUCGUUCGGCCCUGCCUGUGGAACAUGCUUUGAGGUGCGACUCGUUUCAACGCCGCUGGCUGCCCCUCCACCUCCACCAGACUCGAACGGCCCGUACGGCGACGGCAUUUACUUCAACGCCUCGCAGGUCAGCUCCGGCUCAACACCUAGUUUGGUGGUCAAGGUCAUCGAUCUAUGCCCCGGUGCAGGUGGUCCUUGGUGCAACUCCACGCGCUUGGACAACGGAACAGUGGCAGGCAACAGACUCGGUUUCGACGUUCACUUUGAUCUCGCUUGGCCAUCGAAGGGCAUAUCCAAAAACUUCUUCCCGGGCGAUCACGAUUACGGCGUCUGGAACGUCAGCUAUGCUGCUGUCUCGUGUCAGAAAUGGGCCGGGUGGAACGACAGAGCCGCUCUGGGAUCGGAUUGGGCUCAAGAGUCAUCGGCUUGCUGUCCGAACAAUCCUCCACCCAGCGGUGCAGAUGCAAGCUGUCCGGCAUACUACGAUACCUUGGGUGCCAAUGGCGCUGUACCUCCAAACACGAGCAACGUCCUGUCCAAGGGCUUACGCUCGUCUAACGCUGCUGCUGCCACCUUGUCGCUUCGACGAGAUGCCGCUGCAGACAUCGCGGUGUUGCUCCUUUCCGUGCUAAUCACCGUGAUCGCAUUGUCGCUCGCAACUGGUCCCCUGCUUUCUUAG